CACGUUUCCCAUUUUGCCCUCAACCAUCUCUCGAAUCCCCGGCCCUCUCUCUGCUUGACCCGAAAAGGCUUCCACCGUCUCCGCCCGUGCUCCGCGGUGCAAGACAUCGCGGUCGAAGGAGGAAACAAGAUCAACGAAACCCUAGAAGAAGGCGCUGCAGAGAACAGGAGAAAGGUGUACGCGGUGAACUUACCGUGGAGCUUGUCGGGCCCCGACAUUGAGAAGCUCUUUGGAGAAUGCGGCGCUGUCAACGAUGUGGAGAUAAUUAAGCAGAGGAAUGGCAAGAGCCGAGGGUUUGCCUUCAUCACCAUGGCUUCUCAUGAGGAGGCGCAGGCUGUUGUUGACAAGUUCGAUUCAUUUGAAUUGUCGGGGAGGAUUAUUAGGGUUGAAUUUGCUAAGAGCUUCACUAAACCGUCUCCUCCUUCUCCCCCUCCUACAAGUUCCCCAAAAUCAGAAGGACGAUACAAGAUAUAUGCAUCAAAUCUUGCUUGGAAAGUUAGAGCUAACAACCUCAGAGACUUCUUUUCUGAUAAGUUUAAGCCAAUAUCGGCUAGGGUAGUUUUUGAGACUCCAUCUGGAAGAUCUGCUGGAUAUGGUUUCGUUGGCUUUGCCACAAUGGAGGAAGCAAAGGCGGCUGUUUCUGAAAUGGAUGGAAAGGAACUGAUGGGCAGACCGCUUCGUUUGAAAAUAAGCGAAAGGUCGGGUGAUGAAUCUGGAGAAGAACCAGAAGACAUAAAACAUACAGAAAAGCAAUCUCAGGAGACUUGAAUGGUGUUCUGCCAUUUGUUAUGUUUCUUCACCAAAGACGAGUCAGAGUGCAGUAUGUAUCAAUGUAUAGUGUACAGCUUUGACGGUCUACACUAGUAGAAGGAAAGUGUAUGAGAUAUGGUUCUUCGGGCAUCUUAUCUGUUGAACCUAUUAUGAUGCCUUCCUUCAGGUACUACUAGUUAUGCCGACAAUGUUUUUAAAUUCUUUUUAAUUAUACAGAACCUACUCUGUUUCCGCCGUAAUCAAUUAA